UGAGAAUGUGUCAGAUUAAAUUCUUGUCAUAAAAAAUAUAUCGCUAUAAAAAUUAAGCAUAUUUAAAUACUAUUCGUGUAGCCAGACCAAUACUAAGUCGGCAAAAGUUAAUUAAAAUAAGUUUAUAUAAUAUACAUUAUUUGUAAUAACAUAAGAAAAGUGUAUCAAAAAAAAAAAGCUCAAUAAAUUUACUACUACUACUACUAAAUGGACGGAGAAAGACAUAAGGCAAACCUCCAGGGUAUUUUAAAAUAUGCCAUUGCUAAUUCCAAAGCCGAAGACAUUUCGCAAAACUUUAUGGAAAAUGGCCCAAUGGAUUUGGAGAGAAAACAAUUCCUAGAAAAUGCAUUAAAUAGUAUGGCACUCGGGGUCGAUGUAAUUGGGGAACUGAAAAAGGCAAUAUGCAUUCUUGAAAUGAGUGACUCAAGUACAGAACAACGAAUUCAAGCUCUGAAUACAGUACGAGAUAUAGCUGACCAUAUAGACUUUGCAAAUAACUUCAUUCAAGUAGGUGGUUCAAAAGUUAUAUUUGAGAGUUUGAGGAGCAGCGAUUCUAAGCUGCGAGAAUGUGCUGCUUAUACUAUUGCUGAACUAUCGCAGAACAAUCCAUUCUGCCAGAAACAUUUUCUUGAAGCCGGUGCACUACAAGAUCUUAUGGUGUGCACAAAAGAAGAUGGAAAUGUUGCGAGCAGCAGUAUGCAUGCAAUAUCAGCAUUGGUACGUAAUUUCGAAGAAGGAAGCUCAAAAUUUAUUGAACUUGGAGGACUCGAUUGCAUUUUAGAGCGUCUAGGCAGUGCACAUAGUAAUGUUUUUGUGAAAUCCUGCUUCCUUUUGAGAACCCUAGCAGCGGAAUUUGAUGCUAUCCGAGAUGAGUUUGUGAAACUAGGCGCAGUGCAGAAGCUGGCAACAUUUGUGGACCCAGUAAUUGGUUUUGAUAUAAAGACUGAAACUGUUCUGUCUGCUAUUUGUCUAUUGGCACAAUCAGAAGAGGGCAAACUUCAUUUAAGAAAAACAGACAUUUUAGAUACCUUGCAAUCUAUCAAAGAAAAGAACGAAGGAAAGGAAGAAUGCGAGGAGAUAUUGAGGGACACUACUGCCCUAUUGGAUUGUUUACAGAAGGAGAUAUGAAAAGAGCAAACAUAUUUGAAUAUAAGCGCAAUUGUAAUAAUGUUAAUGGGAUCGAAAAUACAGUAUCAAUAUGAAACUUUAAGGAGUUAAGCGAUUUCUACUCGCCGUCUUCCCGAUUUUUGCAUUAAAAAAACCAAGAGGAUAAUAUUAUUUUAUAAUUUUCAUUUGUCACUUUGACUUUUAAUUAAUAUAACUGAUGUUGAAAAGAAAUCAAAAACUAAAACAAACAUUUAAGAGAAGGAAUUGAUCAUUAUCCAUUCAAGAAAUUCAUUUAUUUAGUUCAUUAAAGAUUCCGAACUAAAGAACAAUUUGUCAACUUAUCGAACCGAAAACUAAAUAAAAUCCAAAAAUGUAAAUUACUGAAAAA